AGAUAAAUUAUUAAAUAAUGGGAUUUAAGGAAGCAUUCACGAGACAAGGCGAUGGAGAGAAUCUGCUCUUCGAUGAUGAUGCAUUCAUCUAUUUCGCCAUUUCCAUUCUUACCCUAGUUAUUCUUCCUCUGAUUUACUCCGUUAUCAAGCCACUGUUCACAACAUACGUGUUUGGGGAAAACAGAAGAAAAUUCGCACGUGUUCCCAAAAGCUCCAAUGAUCAACAAAAUCUGUAACUGGCUAAAUAGGAAUUGAGACUUAAAUGGCUUACAACAGGGUAUGUGGUUAAGGUAAUAUGUUGAUUCUUAUCCAAGAUCAUAAUACUUGUGGCUCUUUUGUUAUUGCUCAAUGCAUCCAUUUAAUCGUUGCCAAAGGCUGACAAAAUCAAGGGGUUUGAUCCCUAUGAGAUUUUGGAAAUCGAUCCAAGUGCAACGGAAUAAGAAAUUCGUAAAGCUUAUAGAAAGAUUUCAUUAAAAUUGCAUCCAGACAAAAAUCCAGAUGAUCCUUAAGCUAAUCAAAAAUUUAUUCUUCUGACAAAAGCAUAUGAGUGUUUGACUGACGAAGACAAAAAAUCAUUAUGUAUGAAAUAUGGAAAUCCAGAUGGACAAUAAAGUUUAUCUGUGGGAAUAGCAAUGCCAUCAUUUCUUCUAAAAAAAGAAAAUAGGGCUGCCUUCUUAGCAGUCAUCUUUCUGUUGCUUUUGGUUGUAGUGCCCAUUAUUGUUUUGUAUGAAUUGAGAUCAAUAGGAAAAUAUGAUCAAAAUGGAGUCAUGCUUAGUAAUCAGGAGAAAUUCGAACGAGGCUUAGAAGAAAACCUAUUAAUCAAGAAAGGAGUAGAACUAUCGAGUUGCAGUGAUGAAUUAUGCAGAUUGAGAUUGAAAACUGAAAAAUAAGGCAUAGAUUUGGAAAAGUUAGUUAAUGAAUUAAAAGAAGAAGCAGAAUUAAGAAAAAUAUAAAAAUUUGAGAUUACAGAAGCACUCGAACAAUCCAAAAAAUAAAAGAAUAAAAAAAGAAGAGUCACCAUUUCUGUUGCCAUGAUCUUAAUAUACGCACAUCUCUUUGGUAAGCCAAUUCCUGACAGCGUUAAAUCUUUGUAUAGAUCUACUAUUAAGAUAAUUCCAAAGUUGGUAAACUCUAUGGUAAGGUUGGCUUUUGAAUUCUCAAUGAAAUACAAAGUAAUCUAAUGGAGAUAAAGAGGAAGAUUCUAAACUAAAUUUAUGGGUGCAAGAUGUAUAAACAACAUUUUAUAGUUCUCUCAAUGCAUUGUCUAAGGAAUAUAUGAAACAGAUAACCCAAUAAAUUAAAUUGAAUUCUUUGCUAACAAAGCCAAAGAUUAUAUUAAAAAAGGAAAGAUGCCAGUGUUCCAAGAAUUAGUCCAAAAAUCAGUUGAUUAAAGAGUGGUAAUAAGUGUAAUUCAAUAAAUUAGUUACCAAAUUGGGUGCCUGAAGAAUUCAAAGACCAAAUUAUGAAUGAAAUAAACAUGUUCCCUCAAUUGGAUAUCAAACAUGAAGUCACUGUAGAUGACGAAUCAAUUGUUGAAUAAUGCAAUGAAGACAUCUUUAGUGUAUGCACUAUUUAUUAUGUAGAUCAAAAUCACUUUAACAAGAUUGAACACUCCUGAAGGAGAAGACAUUCCCUUUGCUCAUUCAAACAGAUAUACAUAUGUGAAGGAGGAGGGAUGGCAUAUUUUGAUUACCUAUCAAAAUGAGGUCUUUUAUUAUGCCUAAUUGAAUGGAUCGAAUAGAGUGUAAUCAACCGAAUUCAAAUUUUAACCUAAAAUGUAUUUUGGAGAUGUAGUCGAAUUUGAAUUCGUUCUAUUCGUCAUUUCUGAUUGUUACAGAGGAUUGGAUGCUGAAAUACCCAUCAAGUUCAAAGCCAAGAAAGCCACUCAAAUCAGCAGGGUAUAUUUGUAGUGUAAUAAUUGAAGGCUGUUGAGUAUCAUAAGGAAGACCAAGAAUUAGACAAGUCACUUCCAUUUAUUCAGUCUAUGUUGUUCCCCAUGUAAAAUAAGGUUGAGGAUAGUGAUUCGGAAGAUGAAGACCAAUCAAAGAAGGAGGAUGAAUGAAAUUGAGAAGUAGAAUAUUAUAC